CCUUGCCAUCACCGCCAGAAAGGGGUGCACAAACAUUUCCUACAUAUACAGAGUACUAUGGGGGAGACCCUGACAAUGAACAUAGGAAAAAAUGAAUUUAAAAACAUGUGUCAUGGCUCAUCAAAAGCUUUCGUCGGAGGAUAUCUUCGCCUUGGAAGACAAGUAUGGUUGUCGUAAUUACGCGCCUCUACAAGUUGCCUUGACUCGUGGCGAAGGUGUAUUUGUAUGGGACGUGGAAGGUAGGCGGUACUAUGAUUUCCUGAGUGCUUACUCCGCAGUCAACCAGGGCCACUGUCAUCCCAGGAUUAUCAAAGCCUUGAAUGAACAAGCCAGUAAACUUACCCUUGUUUCCAGAGCAUUCUACUCAGACCAGCUGGGUAAGUAUGAGAAGUUCAUGACGGAUCUGCUUGGGUACGAUCGGUUGCUGCCUAUGAACACGGGCGUGGAGGGCGGCGAGAGCGCUUGCAAGAUCGCACGCAAGUGGGGAUAUGAGGUUAAGAAGAUACCGGAAAACCAAGCUAAGAUAAUAUUCGCGGAAGGCAAUUUCUGGGGCCGCACGCUGGCGGCAGUUUCUUCGUCCUCAGACCCGACCUGCUCCGACGGUUUCGGUCCAUACAUGCCGUGCUUUGAACUCAUACCUUAUAAUGAUAUCUCUGCCUUAGAGAAAGCGCUACAAGACCCUAACGUGGCCGCGUUCAUGGUGGAACCGAUCCAGGGCGAGGCGGGCGUCGUCAUCCCGGACGAUGGAUACCUGCAGAAAGUGCGGGCGCUUUGCACCAAGUACAACGUACUGUGGAUCGCUGACGAGGUGCAAACGGGAUUAGGUCGUACUGGCAAGUUAUUAGCUGUGGAACAUGAGGGCGUGAAGCCAGACAUCCUGAUUCUGGGCAAGGCGCUGAGCGGUGGCGUGCUGCCAGUCUCCGCCGUUCUCGCCAACAACAACGUCAUGGAUGUAAUCAAACCUGGAACGCACGGGUCCACUUACGGUGGUAAUCCCCUCGCGUGCGCUGUUGCUACGGAAGCUAUUAAGGUUUUAUUAGAAGAGAAAUUGAUAGAGAACGCGGCGCGGCUGGAGGCGGUGUUCCGCGCCGAGCUGGAGAAGAUCCCCAAGUCGAAGGUGAACGUGGUGCGCGGCCGCGGGCUCAUGUUCGCUAUCGUCAUCGAUGACAGUAUCCCAGCGUACGAGGUGUGCAAGCGGCUGCGCGACGCGGGCCUGAUCACGAAGCCGACGCACGGACAGACCAUCCGCCUCGCGCCGCCGCUGCUCAUCACAGAGCAACAGAUCCGAGAGGGCGCCAGCAUCAUACAGAAAGUACUCGAGGAUUUCAAGAAAUAAAUACACUCCCAAUAAUUAAUGGUAAUCCCUCAGCCCGCGACCCCAAGCUUCCGGAAUUAGUUGCGGUAGACAGGUCAUUUAGUCUUUGACCAUUUUAUAAUCUACAAAAAAACCUUGGAAAAGAAUGUGUUGCCAGUAAUGAUUAAUAAUUUAUACUCGCAUAGUUUAGCGAGUUCUUAUCAAUUAAAAACUGCAUUUUUAUUAUGGUACUAAGACGGUAAAUAAUGGAAUCUGCAUUGCAAUUUUGUACACUGGCAAUGAUUUUUACCUUUGUUCCUAAGUCAGUUGUACUGUUAGGGUCCUUGUAUAAUCGUUUUAAUUUCGGAACUGGAAAUUCUGGGUUGAACUUAUAAGCACUGUAUUGGCUAGUCUGUAUAAAACACUUAAUUUGCUGUUACUUUGCUUAAUUUAUGGAAAAUAUAUAAUUUACUCUUGA